ACAUUUACUCCUAUAAAUGCCUUUUCAUAAAGUUUUAGUUUCAGGAAUUCUGAUACCUCAUCUUUUCUUUUGGUAUAACAUAGUUUCAGAUUUUAACAAUGGCAUUGAAAUUUUGCAGGUUAAGCCUUGUUGCAAUUUUGCUAGUGGUCGGAAUUUUUGGGUUCCAGGCCACAUCCCGUGACUUGCAGGUGUAUUCCAUGCUCGAAAGGCAUGAAAAAUGGAUGAGCAACCAUGGACGUGUGUAUAAAGAUGAUGUUGAAAAGGCAAAGCGAUUCAACAUAUUUAAAGAACAUGUCGACUUUAUCGACUCUUUCAAUAAUGAUGCAACUCAUUCUUACCAGCUUGGCCUCAAUAAAUUUGCAGAUCUUACUAACGAGGAGUUCCAAUCUAUGGUUGGUAAAUAUAAUAAUCUAUCUUUCAUUCCAAAGACAUCAAAUUUGCAACCAUUCAGCUACGAAAGUAAAAUUACCAUUCCUGAUAGUUGGAACUGGAGAGAGAAAGGUGCUGUUACUGACGUCAAAGACCAGGGUAGAUGUGGGUCAUGUUGGGCAUUUUCUGCAGUAGCAGCAGUGGAAGGAAUAAACCAGAUAAAAACUGGUGAUUUGGUUUCACUAUCUGAACAACAACUUCUAGAUUGCGAGAACACAAAUAACGAUGGUUGUGGGGGUGGUAUCAGGACUGAAGCAUUUGAAUACAUAGCUGAAAACGGAGGUCUCACAACAGAAUCAAAUUACCCAUACACAGGAAUCCCGGGGACAUGCGAUAGUCAAAAGGCAGAAUCAAGUGUAGUUACAAUAUCAGGAUACAGAAGUGUGGAUGCAAGUGAAUCAGCACUGUUACAGGCAGUGGCAAAUCAGCCAGUCUCUGCAGGUAUUACUAUCGGCAGUGAUGAAUUUCGCUUUUACAACGGUGGAAUUUUCAAUGGGAAAUGUGGGAUGACUUCGCGUCAUGCAGUGACAGUGGUAGGGUAUGGAACAAGUACUGAGGAUGGAAUUAACUAUUGGUUGGUGAAGAAUUCAUGGGGAGAGAAAUGGGGUGAAGGUGGAUUUAUGAGAAUGGCUAGAGAUAUUGAAGAUGGUGGAGUUUGUGGCCUUGCUACUCGGGCUUCUUUCCCUACUGCUUAAUUAACGCUUAAUUAAGCCCUAAGUGUCGUAUACUCAGGCACAACCAUACUAUGUAUGUUGGACCUUGCAUUCUCGUUUUCUUCUAAAUGAGUAUCCUGUUUCUUGUGACAUCAACUUAUUAAUAAGAAUUUUGAUAACUUUUAUUAAA